AUGAAUAGUGUAGUGGUUUGGUGUCGUAAAGGGUUAAAGACAUUAUUCUCUUAUAUUGAUUCUCCGUCUCCUAAUUCACUUCUAAGAGUAGUUAUUAAAUAUGGACCGGAUCCGGAUAAACGAGACCGUAGGAUUUAUGUGUUUCACAACGCUCUAGUCUUAUGCAAAGACAUGAUUAUUUCUCGUGGUUUACUUGAAAAUUUUUCGGGAAUGGUUUUUAAGGUGAUUGCGACAUGA